UUCCACAUCGCCCUGCUCCCCAUACUCAGAUCCCAGUAGUCUUCCCUGUACACUCUCCCUUCAUUCCACCCUCUCUACCUGACUGUUUCAGAUCACACCUCCGUCCACCUCAAUCCAUCUGCAAAUUCUAUUUCCCCUUCCCAGGAGAUCCAUGAUUCACCACCCCCCAGAGCACUGCUUUUCAUUUAGCCUCUCUGGGCCCAUGGAUUAUAGCAUGAUUAUUCUCUACUUAACAGUUAAUAUCUACUUCCGGUGUCCAGCCUGGCAUCACAAGAUAUCACAAACAUGGAUCCUGCUUCUCUGAUUUAACAUUUUCUCUGUGGCAAGAUUUAACAUUUAAAGGGCUGUGUCUAACCUGCCCUCCUUCAACUGAGCAGCCUUCCAGGAUGCCAGCAGUCCUGAUUCUCCUGACCUUUCUUCUGCCACUAGGAGAUGGAGCAGAGGAGGUCAUCGGGGGCCAUGAGGUCCCGCCGCAUUCCCGCCCUUACAUGGCAUUAAUUUCAUUUCUGAAAGUCGACGGCAACAGAAGCUCUUGCGGAGGCUUCCUGGUGCGAGACUACUUUGUGCUGACGGCUGCUCACUGCACUGGAAGCUCAAUGACAGUCAUACUAGGGGCCCACAACCUCCAUGAGCAGGAGAAAACUCAGCAGAUCAUCCCUGUGGAAAAAGCUAUUCCCCACCUGGGCUAUAAUCCUCUGAACCACUCCAAUGACAUCAUGCUAUUAAAGUUGGAGAGUAAGGCCAAGAGGACUAAAGCUGUGAGGACCCUCAGGUUGCCUGGGCGCAAAGACCACGUAAAUCCAGGGGAUGUUUGUGGUGUGGCUGGCUGGGGAAAAACAUCCAUCAAUGCCAAUAAAGGAUCUGCCCUGUUAGAGGAGGCUGAACUGAUCAUCCAGGGGGACGCGGAAUGCAAAAAACGCUUCCGUCACUAUUCCGAAACCACAGAGAUUUGUGCUGGAGACCCAAACGAAAUAGAGGCUCCUUCCAAGGGCUGUGUCUGCUCUGCCCUCCUUCAUCUGAGCAGACUUCCUGGGAAGAUGCCACCUGUCCUGAUUCUUCUGACCCUACUUCUGCCUCUUGAAGCUGGAGCAGAGGAGAUCAUCGGGGGCCAUGAAGUCAAGCCCCACUCCUACCCCUACAUGGCGUUUAUUCAGUCUGUGAAAGCGGACGGAAAUAUCAGUUACUGCGGAGGCUUCCUGGUUCAAGACUACUUUGUGCUGACGGCUGCUCACUGCGAAGGAGAAUCAAUGACAGUCAUGCUGGGGGCCCACAACAUCAAGGCUAAGGAGGAUACCCAGCAAAUCAUCUCUGUGGAAAAAGCCAUCAGCCAUCCAGCUUAUAAUAAAGUAGAUUAUUCCUACGAUAUCAUGCUAUUGAAGCUGAAGAGCAAGGCCAAGAGAACUAAAGCUGUCAGUACCCUCAUGUUGCCCCAGAGCGAUGCCCAGGUUAAGCCGGGGGAUGUGUGUCAUGUGGCUGGCUGGGGGUUAACGUCCAUCAACGGCACUAAAGUAUCUUCCUGCCUACGAGAGGCUGAACUGAUCAUUCAGGAGGACCAGGAAUGCGAAAAAAUUUUCUACAACUAUUUCAAGACCAUACAGAUUUGUGCUGGAGACCCAAACAAUGUACAGGAUGCUUCAAAGGGUGACUCCGGGGGACCCCUCGUGUGUGACAACAGAGCCUAUGGAGUUAUAGCCUACGGGAAAAAAGGGGAAAUCUCUUCAGGAGUCUUCACCAAGGUUGUGUACUUCCUGCCGUGGAUAAGCAGAAACAUGAAGGUCCUCUAACAGGUUAAUACCUGUGCCCAACCAGCCUUUCUGACCUCAGGCAAGAACCACGAUGAGUGGGCAUCAAAGGCUGAAAAUCCAUAAUAAAUAACCCCCAGUGUGCAUGUAACUGAA